AAAGUAAUUAAGAUGAAGGACUCCGUUCGCUGUCGAUAUCCACGGAAUCUUUUGCUCACAUUGAUCUUAACCUUUAACAUUGUGGUCAUAUCAGGUACAGAUUCAUUCUCUAGACAGACAGUUAAAAUUCUAACAGCAAAGGAUUAUGUACAACUUAUAAAUGCUGCCGUUCCUGCUUUAAAGGAUUUUACCAUAUGUGUGGACAUACGCCCUGACACCAGCCCUCGUUUUUGGACAGUAUUUAGCUACAGAGAAGCAGAUCCUAGCAACUCAAUUGUACUUGGGUUAGUUGGAUCCGCUAAAGCCUUGAAAAUGUAUCAUUUGGGAAAUACAUAUGAAUUUGACUGUGAGUUACCAUUAUCUUCUUGGCACUCUGUCUGCUCAACAUGGAACAGUUUAACAAGGAAACUGGAAGUAUAUGUGAACGGAAGCUGCGUUUUCACCAUUGCAUCUGGUAAUUUUAAACAGAUGAAGGGUAAUGGGACCUUGGUAUUGGGUAUUAACCAUUCUGUCCAGGGAGGGGAAAUUAUCAAUGCAGAUGUGUACAAUUUCAUUGGCAAUAUAUACAACUUCCAACUGUGGGAUUCUAGAAGACCCUCCGAUAGUUUAAGUGAUUGUUCAAAUGGAAAUAUUGUCAACUGGACAAGAGAGAUCUGGAAAUUUAAUGAAGAUCGUCUGAUUGAGGAUACAAGCCUACGGUGUGCAAAAGCAGAGGAUAUGCUGACAACAGCCGGUUCAACCACUGCCAGGACAUCUCUGGGGUCCAGCACGACAGGGAUCCCUACCACAAGGGCACCAGAGAAAUCCACCACAAGCCAAAUAGUGAAGAGCGAAAGUACACCGAACACCAGCAUCUUUUCUACAAAACCUGGCAUGUCAUCAACACAUAACUCAGCAUCUUCCUUAACAAGUAGUACAUCUGAACCAAACUCAUCUGAAGCACAUACCACCUUGGCAUUGCCAGAACAGUCUACUAACAACACAACCUCUUUAGAACUUGAUACUACUAGUGUACAGCCAUCAGACCAAACCCCUGAACCAACCUCAUCUGAACAUAACACUACCACUGUACCACUACCAGUGCCAACUGCUGAAGCCACCUCAUCAGACGUUUCUACUGCACCAUUACCAGGUUCUACCAGCAAUACGGCCUCGUCUAUAGCUUCUACUCAACGAUUGUCAGACAUCACUACUAAUGAAUCCAGUAAGAACACACCUUCAUCCAAAUCACCCUUCUCAACAGGGUCCAGCACGACAGGGAUCCCUACCACAAGGGCACCAGAGGAAUCCACCACAAGCCAAAUAGUGAAAAGUGAAAGUAUACCGAACACCAGCGUCUUUUCUACAAAACCUGGCAUGUCAUCAACACAUAACUCAGCAUCUUCCUUAACAAGUAGUACAUCUGAACCAAACUCAUCUGAAACACAUACCACCUUGGCAUUGCCAGGACAGUCUACUAACAACACAACCUCUUUAGAACUUUAUACUACUAGUGUAUGGCCAUCAGACCAAACCCCUGAACCAACCUCAUCUGAACAUAACACUACCACUGUACCACUACCAGUGCCAACUGCUGAAGCCACCUCAUCAGACGUUUCUACUGCACCAUUACCAGGUUCUACCAGCAAUACGGCCUCGUCUAUAGCUUCUACUCAAGACCUCGCUACAACUCAAAGAUUGUCAGACAACACUACUAAUGAAUCCAGUCAGAACACACCUUUAUCCAAAUCACCCUUCCCAACAGACAAAUCAUCUGCAACAAGCACCGGGCCACCAGGCAAUUUACCUUCAACAUCUGGUGUUUCUACAAAUAUUUCUAAUGGAACAACCUCAAUUUGGACUUACUAUACCACGGAACCACAGGUUGGGAGUACUACCAAAACAUCUACAAUGGACACAUCCACAGCUGCUAGUACAGUGACUUUCUACAUGCUCUUAAUGGAUAUCUCAGUCCUCAGUCCAAAUGGCAUCCUUGAUUUGGAGCAAGUAGCAAACAUCACUAAAAACCUGAUGGAUGUCAUCUUAGAGGACACUGAAUUCCUUGUAGUUCAGUUUAAUGUAGAGGACGAGUUGAGUAAUGAACCUUGGAAAUCCCAGUCACAAAAAAGCAAUAGAAAGAGAAGGGAAACCAAUGGCGACGCGGUGGAUUUCAACGUGGAAUCGAAAGCUAUUAUCCGAGCCAUUUCACCAGACCCUCCAGAAUCGUUGGCCAUCAAACUGGAGAAACUGCUGGAAAGUCAGGACUAUUCGGAUGCAGAAGCGACCCUAAAUCUCUCGGUUGUUUAUGUACAGAUCAUAGUUCCAGGAACAUGUCCUCCAGAAACCACGUAUUCCAGCGAGAAAGGAGUGUAUAAGUGGGUGGAAAAAAAUCCAACAGAAACGGCCAGAGUUCAGUGCUCCAAGAAUUCUAAAACCCAAGCCACUAGAUACUGCAAUGUUAAUAUCACUACUGAAAAAGCAGAGUGGGAAAAGCCUAAUUUGGAUAGAUGCCCGUCCUUCGACCCACUUCCAAAUUCUAUACAAGAUCUUCAAAGCAUCCCUGUAACACCAGCAAAUGCCGUGUAUAUGGCAAUACAUAUCUGGAAUAUCACAAGCAACUCAGGCGCCAUUUCAAAGGAAGACACAAAAAUCAUUCUUUCCAAAGUGUACAAUAUAGUGGAAAUGGGAGAAACGGAUCUCAGUGUAGCCAGGACUACAUUAGAUAUUAUAGAUUCCAUUUUGUUGAAAGCAGUCGGCCUGCGUGAAUUUACCAACAGAAUUCUGAAUGUCACAGAGGAAAUCGGAUACCAAAUGGAUUUUUCAGGACUGGAGGCCAAUAUGACCGCACAAACAUUGGCUUUAUCAGUAACUAAAGUUAAUUUUAGUGAAUUUCAAGAAAUCUUCUUCACCGUUACAUCUUACGUGGAUGGAAUGAAUCCUGAGAUUACUAUGGAGAAAGUACCAGCUGAUGAAGCUGUGGCCUUCAUACACCUACCUGGAUCGGUACAAGACCACACAUCGACAUCCACAGCUACUGUACAGUUCAACUUCUUUGGUAAAAGAUCCAUUUUUGAGGAAUAUGACGAAAGCAAUCUCGUAUUAAACACAUAUGUUGUAAGCGCUAGCGUGUCUAACACUCGGAUUCAGGGGCUAAAAGACCCGGUGGACAUAACCCUAAGGCAUGUUUUUCAAAAUAAGGAAAAACUCCCUGUGCAUUGUGUAUUUUGGGACUUUCAUACAAAUAACGGCCAUGGCGGAUGGAACGCAACUGGAUGCCGAGUAACGUUUACGAAUGCAAACUACACCACCUGUCACUGCUCACAUCUCACUCACUUCGGAGUACUUCUAGAUAUUUCCAGGUCUGGGAUCAAUGCUGUAGAUGGGCACAUACUGAGCAUUCUGAGUUACGUAGCAUGUGGCAUCGCCUCUCUUUUCCUGGGAAUCGCCCUGGUGACAUAUUGCGUGUUUAAGCAACUUAGAAGAGAUUACCCUUCCAAAAUAUUAAUGAACCUGUCUUCUGCGCUGUUCCUGCUAAAUUUGCUCUUUUUGCUCAACACCUGGUUAUCGUCGUUUAGAAGUUAUGGCCUGUGCAUCGCAUCUGCUGCUCUGCUUCAUUACUUUUUGUUGGCCGCUUUCACCUGGAUGGGACUGGAAGCUGUGCACAUGUAUUUUGCAUUUGUCAAAGUGUUUAAUUUGUACAUACAUAACUACAUAUUGAAAUUCUGCAUUGCCGGAUGGGGAAUCCCAGCGAUCAUUGUUGCCAUCGUACUGGUGAUAGAUCUGGAUUUUUAUGGAGGUGGUUCCGAUUACACACAUUACGCUGUCUCACAGGACAACUCCGAUUUAUUUUGCUGGAUUCAGGAUGACAUUGUAUUCUACGUAACUGUCGUGGCCUAUUUUUGCGCCAUGUUUCUUGUAAAUAUAUGUAUGUUUAUUGUGGUGCUUGUUCAAAUCAAUUCCUUGAAAUUCAAGAAGAAGAAAGAUUGGAGGUCUCUCUUUCUACAUGACGUCAAAAGCGCGAUCAGCAUCGCCUUCUUACUUGGCAUAACCUGGGGCUUUGCAUUUUUCGCAUGGGGACCUGUAAGAAUUGCCUUUUUGUACCUUUUUUCAAUUUUUAACACAUUACAAGGCUUCUUUAUCUUUGUGUUCCACUGUCUGAUAAAAGAAAAUGUACGGAGACAAUGGAGGAUGCAUUUAUGCUGUGGGAAGUUUAGGCUUGACAAUUACUCUGAUUGGAGCAGGCUGAGUAAUGCUGAAGCAAAACAAAAUGGCUGCACGCAUACAUCACCGUCAGAUUCUUUCCAGUCCACGCGGUCCAAUACGACCGUUUCCACGUCGAACGCAUCAAGCCUCUCAAGCUUUACGAGAGAUGAAUUUACCGGAAGAAGCUUUGUUAAUGGUGGAAUAUUUAUCAGCUCAGCUCAGUUGGCACCUCCUAAUCGGGCAACCAUACAUCCCGACGCAAGAGGAAUAUUGUCAUUUCUGGAUCUGGAUUUGCAAUAAGAAAGUCCGGCUUCCAGUUGUUUAUGAGCUAUGGUUUUAAUCUAGAUAUUAAAAAAACACUGGCUAAUCUUCGCGAGUUCUUUGUACUGACAAGAGAUGCAAACCCUGUUGAGAGCCGGCGUUCUAUUGGAAUCAGACACAUCCGGGUUUAUGCACUGAUUUGCUAUAUGCGAUGUACUAGCGGCAGAAACACUGCUUUGUAAUUAGGAGGGCUGAAAAUUGUUCACAACCACGUGCAUUGUUCAGAACCAUUCGGCCAAACAUAUCUCCUGCUUGGAAACAGUUGACGGUGGGGAAACAGGUGAAUACAUAUGGGACAUUCUAUAGAAUGCAAUGUAAAGGGACCUCUUGGCUACCGUAUGCAUUAAAAUGCCUGUGAUGGCUUGAGGUUCUCUUUAAGAUCAUGUGGAUAGCUGUUUGUAUCUCUUUGUACCCUUUCUAUUUAUCAUUUUCAGAAUGUAACACAUCCUUGUUUAACAAUUCUGUAUCAAAAUGCAUUGCAUGAGAGUGUAGCAGCUGUGGGAUUGGCACACUUUGUAAGCCCACGAGAAGUCCUUCUCUGACAAACUACCUGCAAAGUUAAAUGAAAGCCUAGCUUUGGUUCACGUUACAAACAUUUUCGAGUUUUACUGCUAUGGUAACGUUUGUGAUUUUGCAUCUUAUCUCCGACACAUUAACUUGUUAUUACACUGAAGAGUUGCUGUCAAGCUGCCAGAUCCUCCUGAGGACAUCUGUUCUAUGGAAGAGCACAAAAAUAAAGCACUGAGCUAUCCGUACUGUCA